UUGGCAUUAUUGACAAGCUGAAACGAACGUUAAUCGGUAGCAGUUUCACACUACUUCAAUCGGUUGUGUUUUCUAACCAACGAACAAACCGAAACCAAGUUUUCUGUUCUGUUUAUGUUGUCUAUGUGAUGUGCCAUUGAUGUUUGAUAAAAGGAAUAAUUAUGGUUCGAUAAUAUACGGUAUUUUUUAACUUGUGCAUCAAAGAGGAAGAUUUUUAAGAUGGCCCAAAGGUUUCCAGGGCCAGGUCCAACACAAGGACCUGGAGGAAUUCCACCUCAAAGAUAUCAACCUCCUCAAAAUUCGGGAAUGCGUCAGUAUAACCAACAGAAUUUUCCGCAAAGACCUGGUUACAAUCCACCACCUCCAACCAUGUCGUCGAGCGGCGGUACCAUGAUUCAAAGACCCACUGGUUCUCCUUAUUCGCCAAUGAGAGCAGGGCCUAUGCCUCAGCCAUCAAGCAGCAAAAGGCCUGCUACUGAAAAUAGGGGCCCUGUUCCACAAAAGACGGAUUAUCCACAUACUACUCCCAGCAGUAGUAAAAAAAAGAAAAAACUGGCUGACAAAAUUUUGCCGCAGAAAGUAAGGGAUUUAGUUCCCGAAAGUCAAGCAUACAUGGAUUUACUAGCUUUUGAGAGAAAACUGGACUCUACAAUAAUGAGAAAGCGAUUAGAUAUACAGGAGGCUCUAAAAAGACCCAUGAAACAGAAAAGAAAGUUACGAAUUUUUAUUUCAAAUACUUUCUAUCCAGCCAAGGAGCCACAGCCUGAUGGUCCUGAAGGUCCUUGUCAAGAAGGUUCUGUGGCCUCAUGGGAGCUUCGUGUUGAAGGAAGGCUUUUGGACGAUUCCAAAAAUGAUCCUAAUAAAGUUAAACGUAAAUUCUCAUCAUUUUUCAAAUCAUUGGUCAUCGAGCUCGAUAAGGACUUAUAUGGCCCUGAUAAUCACCUAGUAGAGUGGCACAGGACUCUUACAACACAAGAAACUGAUGGGUUCCAAGUAAAGCGUCCAGGUGAUAAAAAUGUCAGGUGCACAAUUCUCCUAUUACUGGACUAUCAGCCUUUACAAUUCAAACUAGAUCCUAGACUAGCUCGCCUUCUAGGAGUUCAUACUCAAACUAGACCAGUUAUUAUAUCUGCCUUGUGGCAGUAUAUAAAAACCCAUAGGUAAGUUCGAAAAUGUUUUUUUGAAAGAAUUAUAUUUGGAAAUGGGUUAGGCUAAUAGUCAAAUGACAUUGUUAUAAUCCUCAAUCCUAUAAAUUAGCCUUGGUAUUACCUUUAUUUCAACUAUGGUUUAAGGAAUUGAGAAUUUUUUCAAAUUGUGGAUAAUGAUGAUUAUGAUACUCUGAAGAAUCAAAUGAAUAAUUUUCUUUUGAGUACAGCGAGUCAACAAGAAAUACAAGGAUUAGAUUCAAAAAUUCAUGAAACUGUGGACACUAUCAACCAACUAAAAACAAAUAGAGAAUUUUUCCUGAGUUUUGCUAAGGAUCCACAACAAUUUAUUCAUAAAUGGAUUGUAUCUCAAACUAGAGACCUCAAGACAAUGACCGAUGUUGUUGGUAAUCCAGAAGAAGAAAGGAGAUCAGAUUUCUUUCAUCAACCAUGGGCCCAAGAGGCAGUCUGCAGAUAUUUUUAUACUAAGGUACAACAAAAAAGAGCUGAACUGGAACAGGCACUUGGUAUUCGUAAUAAUUAAUUAAAUAUAAUUAGCUUUUUUUACUGUAUUCAACAUAGUAUUGUAUUGACAUUAAAGAAUAUAAUUGGUAUCAUACA